AUGGUUGCUGAAGAACCGAUGAAUGCCGAUCAAAGGCGUAAAGUGUUUACCGUCAAAAACCAUCCUCAUGCGAUAACGAUCGCCACUGACGGGCCUACUGAGUUAAUUCUUCCUUCGAUUGAGCGAUACAGGUAACACAAAUAUCCAAGUGCCAGUUAUUUAAUUAAAUUUAUACCUAGGUCAGUACUCACGUUGUCACGUGAAAUGUCAGCCUGAUUCAGCAGGUGAUUAGGAAGCGAGAUUCUGAUUAAUCUCUUUGAUGAGUCCUUCAUUUGGUUAAAAUUUAUAAGAAACUAAAAUAUAAAAGCGAUAUACCUAAUAAUAUUUAUAGUAGUUCCGAAGUAGCAUAAUUUUAUACUUUUAUCCGAUGCUGCAAAACAUUCAGCAAAAAAAAUAAAAAGUAUUUAAUGGUCGGAUGAUUCCACUGAACCCCCUUUCCUCCCUACUCUUUCAUAUGUGCACAUAUUUAUCAAUUUUAGUGAACUAAGUAUAUGUAAUUAUAUAUACCUUUAGCUCAGCGAUUCUCAACCUUUUCAAAUCCACGUACGAAACACAUUUUGACAUUUUUCAUUUACCACUUGAUACGAUUAUUCAACUUUUUUUUUACUCAUCAAAAAAUAAAAUGUGUACGUUAUUUUACAUGUAUGGAGCUUUAUAUUAUUAAAUCUUCAUAAUUAUACAACCAUUUUAUACAAAAUAGUAAAAUUAAAUAUGUGUGAUUAUUAUUUUUAUUAAUAUUUAUAGAAUUAUAAACUCCAUUAUAACUAAUAAAUUUGUUUUUCAAAAAAUGUCUUCAUGUACCACCUAUGAACUAUCCGAGUACUACUAGUAGUACGCGUACAUGUUGAAAAUCGCCGCAAGAGAGCAAACAAGUUGAAGAAAAAUUACCCCCGGAGCAUAGACGGCCUGAAGUACUUUAAAUUGCCGAAAAAGUUAGACGAACGAGAGAAAACGUGAACAAUUAUGGAAUAAUCGACGAGUAGAAAGACAUGAAUUAUAAAUGUGGAGAGAUUCAAACCAUUGGAGAUGCGACACCUGACAAUCUGCAACAAUUGUCCAAUCAGAUGAAAUAUCGCAGACCUAAAAUCUGUAAACAAGAGCCAUUGAGAUAGCAGAGUAAUGGAACAACACAAUAUAAGAUAACCAGUCGUGUAUAAAUACAUUACUACGUCGUUACCAUAUUGUUAUUAUUUAAUUUGUUUAUUCAAUUAUUUUGACUUUUGGCAGAGUUUUCGACUGAUAUUAUGUUUAAUAAAUUGUUAUUUAAAGAGAAAAAUCUAUGUGUGUCAUUUAUUUAUGCACGUAUCUUUUACAUUUGCCCCGUAACUCCUGAUUCAUAAAAAAAAAAAUACUAUUUCAUACUAAAUAUUCAGAAUACGGCUAAAAUGAGUAACAUAUUAUUCUAUACAGCGUUGACACAUUUUAGUUAAAAUUUAAACAAAAUUGUAAAUUGUUUAUUACUAUAUAAAUGUAUACACAGGCUAUCUCCGUUAAUCAUUAACCAUCACCGACACCCCCCCCCCCCCCAAAAAAAAAAAAAAAAAAAUAAAAAAUAUUAUGCCGAUAUGUUUACGCAAUUUUGCGUAUUAAUUUAAUAUUUUAUUAAUAUUAUUAAAUCGAAAAUACGCGUAUACAAAAAUACCGCAAUCGCGGUAGGUGUGCUAUACUAUAGAGUUAAUACCGGGGUGAAUCACCGCGCGGUGGUUUCGUUUCACGCGGGCCGUUAGGAAUAAAAUAAAAAAAAAAAUACAAUUAUACCUGCCUAUACAUUAUAGUUAUUAGAAUAUUAUCCGCACAAUGAACUCGUUUUGGCGGCGUUCCGUCCGCGGUUCGCGCAACUACCCCUACGAAAUCGGGGACGGGGGUGUCGUCGGUUGUUGGAAAAUCGCCGUAGGUCGUACCGUCGACCCCCGCGCGAGAUCUGAACGCGCGAUAAACGGUUCCGGCUCAAUAAUAACACACCCGCCGAAAUGUCGUUUCGCGAAGCGUUUGCGACCCCGCUUCCGCGAGUGUACGCAGCACGCCGCCGUAAGUACUCGUAUCGUUAUUGAUAACGUAAAACGUAAUUGGCGCGGGCGGCGUGUUCGCGCCGCACGAGGGCAACGUCCCGCCAAAUCUGACCCGCCGUCCGGCGGCGGCCCGCCAUACGUCAGAGCCGGACACGGCAAUGUCCGCGCGGUCACGCGUCAAUUCGCCGCGCUGCCGUACCGGUAACAACAGUACCGUUCAGUAGUCGCCACAACAACGCCAUGUCCGAAGGUGGCCGUAACGUCGAGUUCGAGAUACAAAUGACCGUGCCGGUCACCACCAGGCACCUGUACAAACUUCCUCCCGGGUAGCGUAUACUAUUUUGUUCUGUCGUUUUUAUUGCACACCCCGCCGAUGCGCAUUGGUGCGCGUUCGUCUGUGCGAUUCGCCCAUGUUGUAUUUAAUAAUAACCAUGUAAACAACGCGCGCGGCACACGGUAUAACGUUAACACGGCGCGUUCGCGAGCCGUCAAUCGUACCGGAAUCGUGAUCGGGUGUUUCCACAACCGACUGUGUUACGGGUGUUACGCGAUUAAAAACGGUCUACCGAACGAAAAUCGCGGUGAGCGUACCGUCGAUCCGCGCAACACGCGGCGGUCGUGUCGAUCGUGUUGUACGCUGGUGCCUGUACGCGAAUUUCUUGAAAAUCGCGUUUUACAAUUAAUAGCCGCCGCGAGAUUCCGUAGAUACGAUACGGACUGACCGAAUGGCGGGACCGUCUAUUUUCCCACCACGUCGUAAACACCCGGCGAAUUUUCGCGGCACCCGACCUGAUUUCACCGACCGUCGUUUUCGUUGUCGUUGUUACGUUACAAUGCCGCGAAUAUUCCAAACCCGACGGUUACCAUUCGUGCGCGUAGCUAAAUUGCCUAUACCGUGCGCCGGCCGGUUUCAUACGUUUCGCUUUACUUCCAGUUUAACUGGUAUCUCCGAUCGUUACGAUAACGUUACGUAUUCCGUAAACGAUAUGGAGAAUAACAACUUGCUGUUAUGUUACUAUCCUACUAUAUAAGUUACUUGUAGAAAAAAAAAAAACCUAAAGAUUAACUUGGCUAAGUUAGUAUAGUUAUUCAUUUUUUUUCCCCUAAUAUUAUUCAUACUAUAUUUUACAGUGUAGGUUCAAGUUAAAUAGUCCGUUUAAAUGUUAUUUUAUACCGUAUUAUAACAUGACAACGUUAAUGCCUACGUACUAUAUGCAUCCAGCCGAAAUGCGUACAAAUCAAAAACAUUUUACACGAUUAAACGAGAUAUUUAAAUAUUAACGUAUACCUAUUAUUAUGCGAACAAUGUAUACACAAUACUAUUAUACGUAGAUGUUAUUAUUAACAAUUAUUAGAAGUUUUAUCGGAUUAUAUUUUUCAAGUCGCAUAUUAUUUAUAUUUAUAGCCCGGCAAAUAAAGUGUCGGUUAUAUUUGUCCACAAAGAAAAAUGUACAGCUUAUCGAUCGGAGUUGAGGUCGGCGGGGGUCAAUGAAAUUACAGACACGCAUGCAUUUUUACGUUUCCUUUUUAGCUGAUUUAUUUAUAUUUUAUAAUAUUAAAAUAUGGCAUAUGGUUACUUUUUUUUCUUUUUAAGGAUUGCGUGACAAGUGUUUUUUGACCCAUUCAUUUUUGUUAUUGUCUGUGUAUUAUCCCAAAGAUACAAUUAAAUAUUUAAAAGGGGUAGAAAUUAGGUUAUGUUUAAAAUGAAAAAAAAAAAACGGGUCAUGGCUGUAUAGCAAUAUUAAUACUACCUAUAUAGAAAAUAACACACACAAUGUUUUUUUUUUCUUUUAAAUAUCUUGUUUUUAUAACGAAAGACGGUUUAAGAUCAUCCGAAUAUUAUUUUCAAUGGAAUUGUUGAUGAUUUUUGAAAUUGUCUCCAAUUUUAUUAAAUUUGAAAAACAAGAUUACAUUUUAAUGACUUCCUUAAUGAUAAGACUUUUCCAUUUAUCUACUGCUCGAUGUCCAUUUCAAAGGAAGGGAUACGGCUGUUUAUACGGACGAAAUGACGUUAUUGACCGAAUAGUCAGACAAAACUGUAGAAAUGCCGUUAGGCGGAUUUUAAUUUUUAAACGUAUUAUGAUUCUUUAGGUUCUUUACUAGUAAUAAGAGGCGUAUAUAAAAUUUUCUUGCGGAGGGGGAUAUUUUCUCUUCAAUAUUAUUUCAUACUAUGAAAUGAUAUUCAUAGAGUAUAAUUUUGUACCUAAAACAUCGUAGACUUUUGAAGUAUUGAGUAUUAAGAGGCUGAACGGUACUCCAAAACCUAAUAACAGUCCUCCAAAAAUGUGUAAAUGCUCUGAAUAUUCUUAUUACACAUUCACAUUUAAAAAUAAUGUUUCAUAACAAUUGAGUUUAGAUUUUGCAAGCUUUUGACUUUAGUUUCUUCCGGAUAGAGAUUUAAUUUACAAUGAACAUAAUAAUAUUUUUAUUUUGAUAUUCUGUUUUAUUAAAAACAAAUUUAAGUUUUCUGUUUUUAUACACAACUGAUUGAAAACUUCAUCUGUUUUAACCUCAACUUCGCUGUGGCAAGAUAGUAAAGUUAACCUAUUUAGUCUAUAAUCACAAACGAAACGCUAUAUUUUACAAUUUAAGUUCAUAUUUUUACUGAAAAUUAUAUUUUUAUCUUGUUAUUAUUGUGUAAUGUCACUCACCGGAUACAAAGUGAAUACAUAUCAGUAUAUAUAAUAUAAUAUAUUUUACCUAACAAAUUAUAGAAUACGGGAUCUGUUCAGUUUAUACCUAGUUUUACUAAAAAAAAAAAAAAAAUAAAUUAUACAAAUGAGCUUAUAUGUUUCUCCCCAUAAAAACUAUAAAUUGUAUGUUAUGUCAAUCUAACGAUUUUGUUUUAUUUUAACUGUUUCAAUACUGUAACACGAGUAUCUAUAAUACUAUAGAUAUUCGCAUAUGUUUUAUUAUACCUUUAACUCGUAAUCCAUAUCAAUGUUUUAUUACCAUGGUUACAUGGUUUGUUACUUUCGCCAACAUACCCGCAGACGUAAUAGUGCAUGUAGUGUUAUAAAUCCAAUAAUUUGUUGCUAGAUAGUUUUUGUUUUUUUUUUUUUUAAUCUAUACUAUUUGACUAUAUUAUAACAUCAUAUUUUCGAUGUUACAAUGUCGUGGAUGAAUAAUAAUCGAUUUUUUAAUGAUCCGUUUUUUCAGUAAGUAUACCUAUAUAAUAACUAUUUAGGGCAAUGAUUGUUUGGGUGAACGUAAUAAUCAUUUGACUAAAAAAUAAACAGCCGUUUAGACGACUAUCAUUUAUUCCGUUUGAGUGAGUGGAUUUUUUUUAACUGAGUGAGGUAAAAACCUAGUGACUAUAUCGCGGACGAUACCGUUUCUAUAAUUAUUUUUAAUCACAGUUAUAAAAAACAAGUAAUCAAAUAUUUUUUCGGUCUAUCAUUUUUAUCAUAAACCGGAGUAGGAAAUGCACUUACUGGGUUGUUAUCAAUUACACCAACCGAAAAUGAACAAGUACACUUUGCCGAUUUUGUCUUAGAUACAAACGAAAACUCAGAGUUCUCCAUAAAUUGUGGCAUCAGCACCAAUAUUUGACGAUUGCAGGAUCACAAAUGGACCAGAGUCAUUCUAUUUCGACUUUAAUAAUCAGUUUUACUCAAUACAUCCUCAUGUUCAUAGAGUUAUCAUAGUAUUAUUAAAAAUCCAAACCGAAAAUGUAAUUAAAAACAAUUCCAUUUGAAAAAAUAUCCCUAACUUUCUUCAAAUUGAAAACACAGUAAAAACAGAGUUUGUGCAAGAAACUUGGGAUGAAUACAAAGGAUUUGAUAUUGACCAAUUAUAAUAUAAUAUUAAGCGCCUAAAUUUAAUAUACUAGACCAAUAAGUUACUUUUAAAAUGAUUAAUAGUUUAUUAUUAUGUAUAAUUUUAUUUAUUAUUUGUUUACUCUACAUUACUAAACUACAAUAUUACUACCUCUUUACUACCAAUGUCUUUUUUUAAAGUUUAUUAUUUAUUAUAAAUUAUAUAUAUAUAUUGCAUGUGAGUUUAUUUUUGCAAUUAACAAAGUGCCUGCAUUAAUGUAAAAUGUAUAAAUUAAUUUACGUUUUCAUACGUUAUAUUUUCCCAAACGGUAUAAAACUAAGCGCUCAAACAGACAAUAUUUUGAGUGGUUUUGCCCAAAUGAUUUACGGAUUUACGGGGGGGGGGGAGGAUAUCCAGUGGUCUGGAUCCCCAGAUAUCUAUAUAAUAGCAAUAAAAUGUCAUCUAAAAAAGAGGCAUCCAUAUUAAUAGAUAUAUUUAAAAUAUAUAUGAUUUUUUAGGACUUCUCCCAGAAAGAUGUUGAAAAUCCACCACUGUUUACGCUCAUUAUUAAAACUAUCCCAUUCGCGUAUUACAAUGUAUAUUUUUCGAUUUUACAUUUUUAUACUAUUUAUAAAAUAUAAACCAAUAAAUUAUAAUAAUAUAUGUACCUAUAAUAUAAUUUGCGUUUGCCCCAAUAUUGGAGUUUUUGUUUCUUAGUUAUCACAAUAAUAUAUUGUUGAGCAUGUACUAUCUGAUCAUUCCCAAGAUGACUAAUAGAACUCAAUAAAGUUAAAACGGAUGCUAUUUAAUGACUUGUAGACUCAGAUAUUAUAAUAUAAUAUAACUUACUUAUCAUUAUUUAUUUUUUUAUUUUUUACCAAACAAUCUAUGUACCCAUUUAAAGUUUUAUUUUGUCCUGUAUGUUGAAUUUUUUUUUGUAAUGCCAUAUCUUUUAAUCGAUUUAUAUUUUAUUGUCAACGUAUGCUAAUUAGGUCUUACAAAAUAAAAUUUAAAAAAUGUAUUAUUAAAUCAUAUUUUUUAUUAAAUUAUAGGGAUAAUAUUUAAUAUGAUAUAGGCUUUUAUACUUACGGAAAAUGUUAGUUUAUUUGUAUUUUUAAAUGUUCAGGUUUAAUAUUAAGCAUAAAAUAUAUUAUAAUAUACUGAUACUUAUAAUUAAAAGUUUAAUGACGGGUUAAUUUUCAACUUAUGUCGUAGAAACGUUUAGUCAAAUUCUUUGAAAGACUGACAACGAAAAAUAAAUAAUACAUUUUAUGUAUUGAAUUUCGCUUUUAUAUUAUUUAUAACUAUUUUAUAUUUAGCAUCGCUCUCUAUUUGCUUAUAAACCAAAACAAUAUUUCAUUACAAACAAUCUUUAUUAAUAGGAAUAGUUUUUUUAAGCGAACUGUCAGUUUUGACGUUGACACUUAUAUUUUUAGAAUUUUUAUUGGAAACAUCACAAGUUUUUAUGUACCUACCUACCUUCCUAGAAUGAUCUUAAAUUCAUUGUAAAAUAAACCGAAUUAUAUAACAUAUUUAACUAUAAAUAAUAUUUUGUAAUCUGAGACAUAGUAAGCAUAGUAGGCAUUAGAAACCCACCUAAUAUUUAAAAUUAUUACCAAAAAUGUAUUAAAAACUAUAAAUAUAAAAUAGUAUAAUACAAAUUUUAAAUCAAACGCUCAGGUUGUUUGCGUCUUUUUCUUGGUUAUAAAUAUUGUUGUACACGUAGUCAAUUUUACCAUUUUGUUUAUAUAUUUUACAUAUUGUUAAUUGUUAUUAAUAUUUUAAAAUUAUAGACUGUCUAAUAAUAGACCGACAGGAUGGAUAGUUCAACAAGAAGUAGCCCGUAUGAUGGAUUCAUUGCUAGAUCCAUUUUCGUCAUUUGCUUCGUUUUCCAAGCCUGUACGACGAACGAAUCAAUCCUCGAAACGAUCGCAUCUGUACAGAUCCUCGUCACAACAAACACAGACACCGAAUCCAAAUGUAGGGUCUAACCUCAAUCGUGCAAAUAAUGGUAAAAAGUUUAAAAUCUUUAAACACAAAAUCAUUUUAUCAUUCUAUAUAUAUAUAUAUAAAUAAUAUAUAUUAUAUCUUAUCGAUAUAAUAUAUAUAUUAAUUUUAAAUACUUUUACUUAAUAAGAAAUUUGUAAUGUACACCCAAAAUUAUUGUUUUAUAUGUUGUGUUUAGAUAAUCGAUCUAAUAAUCAUAAUCAGCAACAACAUAAACCAAACGGUCCAGCAGAAAAAUGGGCUGCUUCUUUAAGAAAAAGAGAUCCAGAAUUAUUACCUGCUAUACAUACAAAAAGAGACAGGUAAAUCCAGUUUUUGAUACUUAGCAUGACAAGUUUUUGGAAAUUCAUAUUUGUAUUCAUUUGUUGUAAGAUGUUGUUCACAUCCUGGUGGAUAUAGAACAAAACCUGUUAUUCCGCCUUUAAUCCACCAAACCCCGGCAACAGCUCGACCUGCAGACCAAAAAAAACAAUCGCAGAGAACCAAAGCGAUUCUUGGUUAUGAAUCACAUUUAGUGGACAUUAUCGAAAAAGAUAUUUUACAAAGAAACCCUAAUGUCCAGUGGGAUCGAAUAGCUGGACUGAAGCAUGCGAAAACUUUAUUACAAGAAGCUAUGGUUCUACCAAUGUUGAUGCCAGAUUUUUUUAAAGUAUUCGUAUAUGAUAACUAUUUUUAUUAUUAUUAUUUAUUAUUUUUUUUUUUGCCAUCUUAAUACAUUUAAUAUAAUAUAAAUACAACUAUACAUAGGCAUUAUUUGAUAGCCAAACCCUGGACUGCAGAUUUAUACUAUAAAAACUUAAAACUAAGCGUUCAAAAAGUUAUGUACUAAGAAUAAUAAGUUGUCAAAUACCUAUUAGAUUAUAUAACAAAACAUGUAAGAUUACAAUUUUACAAAAAAAAAACCAUAGGUGAAUUUUAUUGACCUUAUAUAGUAAAACAUAAACUGUAAAGUAAUAAUUCUAUAAAUUAUGUAUUUAUUUAUUCUACUCUAUACAGAGAAUACAUAAUUAUUUAUUAACAGUUAAUUGUAUAAUAAUAUAAAUGAAAUGAAAAAUAAUGUCAGUAUUAUUACAAUAUACUAAUAUGCAAACAAAAAGGUUUUACGUUAAAAUAAGCAAACAUUUGAUAGCAGAGCAGGCGAGAUAGAUUUAUUAUAGACUAUAGUAGGUCCAUUAUGCAAGAAUCAUAUGUUUUCACCGUUGUUGAAUUAUUAGUUUUGAAACUGAUCAAGGUUGGAAUAUUAAGAAUACACAUUAUAUAUUAUGUAGGUAUAUUAAAUAUAUAAUAUUAAAUUAUAUAUCACAUUAUCGUUAUUCAUUCUGUACACAGAGACUGACUCAUUCAAUGACUAAAUAAAGUAAAUACGAAAUACGUAUACAUAAUUGUACACUAAUCCUUAUUAAAACAUCUAUGACACAUUAUAAUAUACUAAUAUAAAUAAUAUAUAUAGUAUAGUUUGCUUUUUCUAUACGUACCCAUACAGUCGCACUCACAAUAAUAAUUAUAGUACAGUUAUCGUGGUCACGAUAUGUUAAAAGGAACGUAAAAUUGUAUCGUCUCUAUAUAAGGGGUUUAAAAACCUAAUCAAUGUUACAAUAUGAUGAUUUAUAGUUAUAGGUAAAAGAUACCACAAAAAGUAAAUUUUGUCUACAAAUUAUUUACCGAUAUUAGAAAUAAAAAAGUUUAUACUGUUCGGUGUUCACGGGCAAACAAUGUAGGUGUGUAGUUGAAAAAGUAACAGAAUAAUAUAUUGUUUAUAUUGUACAAUAUGCAACGAUAAAAUAAUUAUCAUUUAGCAAAUAUCAUUGCAAAUUAAAAACUAUUCUAAGUGGAGUAAUAUUAUUCAUUUUUUCUUCUUCUUGGUAAGGUAACUCAUAGUUCAACAAAAUUCAAGUAUAAAAAAAGGGACCUGAUAUAGGGGUGGACAGCUGAAAAUAUCGAUAAAUUGUUCAAAUAUAGCGCCAUCAAGCCAAUAAUCCGCAUUAUAUAAAAGCGUUUUCCAAAAAAAAAAAAAAACAUAUUUGUAAAAAUAAAAGUUUAUUUAUUCUACUCAUAAUCUAAAAAAAAUAAUAAAAUACUAAAUUGUGAAAAUAAAAUAAAAUAACGUUUGAUUUUUCUUGAUACCUAUUUAAAUAUUACAUUUUCCUUUUACUGUGGAAAUAAUAGAUAAUAAUAUGAGUAUAUAACUAUUUCUAUAGUAGAACAUAUAUUUAUUUCUGUAUCUAAUCUGUUUUUUUAAUUUCUAAUUAUAUUUUAUAUAUGAUUUACUAUUGUUAUAAUAAAUGUUCAUAUUAUUUAAUUUGUAUGUUCCUGUGUAUAAUAUAACUUCCAAAAAUAAAAUUAUACAAAGUUAAUACAUAUUUUACAUAUUAAUUCCGAAUAAUUAUUAUUUUAUUGUGAAAAAACAGUACAUGGUUGUUUUAUAUCUACAUGUAUCCAUCUAAUUUAACAACAUUAAUAGUAAAUGGGUUUUUAGGGCAUCCGAAGACCUUGGAAAGGUGUGCUAAUGGUCGGUCCUCCGGGUACCGGAAAGACAAUGUUGGCUAAGGCAGUGGCUACUGAAUGCGGGACGACGUUUUUUAAUGUUUCAUCGUCAACCAUGACAUCCAAAUAUCGAGGAGAAUCCGAAAAAUUAGUCAGGCUACUGUUUGAAAUGGCAAAACUACAUUCCCCUUCUACGAUAUUUAUAGACGAAGUGGAUUCCCUGUGUUCUUUACGAGGUUCAGAAGGUGAACACGAAGCUUCCAGAAGGUUUAAAGCGGAACUUUUAAUUCACAUGGACGGUUUAAACUCUGCUAGGUAAAAAAUAUACCUAGAUGUUAAUAUUAUAACAAUCGAUAUUUUAAAAUAAAAAUCAUUAUAAUCUUAUAGUAACGAAGAAAAUAGUCCGUCUAUCAUGGUAUUGGCGGCCACUAACCAUCCGUGGGAUAUCGAUGAUGCUUUUAGGAGACGUUUCGAAAAGAGAAUAUAUUUGCCAUUGCCCAACGGUAAGUAUUAAUAUAGAAGAUAUGACAAUCUCUCGAUCUCUGUUUAGCAAAAUGCGUGCAUAUUAAUUUAUUUUUAGACGAGUCGCGGAUAACGUUACUAAAAUUGUGUUUAGAAGGAGUGAAUCUCGACGAUUCGUUUGAUUUUCGAUACGUAGCUAAUAAACUUAGAGGUUACACGGGAUCAGACAUAGCAAACGUUUGUAGGGACGCGGCUAUGAUGGGUAUGAGACGCAAAAUUGUAGGACAGACUCCGGACCAGAUCAAAAAUAUAAAACGUGCUGAUAUCGAUUUACCAGUGACAGUACAAGAUUUUAACGAAGCCAUAGAAAGAUGUCGAAAAACUGUUACCGGUCAAGAUAUCGAAAAGUAUCAGUCAUGGAUAGACGAGUUUGGUUCAUUUUAA